CGGGCUCUGGAACGCUCAGACGCCGCGCACGGCGGGGAUUGGUCCGUGAGCUUCGGCUUCGGCUCCUCACAGUUCGCCUCCGCCGCUCCCAAGACACCUGCUCGCUCGGCCAGUCCGGCGGCGCGGGCUUUCCCUGCCGCUCUCGCUCUCGUCUCCCGGCCCGCAGGGUGAGAAGGAGGGGUGGACCGUCCCGUCUCCGGAGCCCGACCGGACGCCGCUUCGCGUCGCUGAGCCGUUGCAGGGCGAGAUGAGCACGGACGCGGCGGCCGGGGCGCCUCUACCCCGGCUCUGCUGCCUGGAGAAGGGUCCGAACGGCUACGGCUUCCAUCUGCACGGGGAAAAGGGCAAGGUAGGCCAGUUCAUCCGGCUGGUGGAGGCCGGCUCGCCGGCCGAGAAGUCGGGAUUGCUGGCCGGAGACCGGCUAGUGGAGGUGAACGGCGAGAACGUGGAGAAGGAGACCCACCAGCAGGUGGUGAGCCGCAUUCGUGCCGCACUCAGCUCCGUGCGCCUGCUGGUGGUCGACCCCGAGACCGACGAGCGGCUGCAGAAGUUGGGCGUCCAGGUGCGGGAGGAGAUGCUGCGCCCCCAGGAAGGAUCCGGGCAGGCCGAGCCGCCGGCCGCCGCCGAGGAGCAGGGGGCUGGCGACGAAAAUGAGCCGCCCGCCCCCGCGCCGGAGCCGCACGAGGCCGAGAAGAGCCAUCAGGAGCGGCACGAGCUUCGGCCUCGGCUCUGUGCCAUGAAGAAGGGCCCCAACGGCUACGGCUUCAACCUGCACAGCGACAAGUCCAAGCCAGGCCAGUUCAUCCGGGCAGUGGACCCAGACUCGCCCGCUGAGGCCGCGGGGCUCCGGGCCCAGGACCGCAUCGUGGAGGUGAACGGGGUCUGCAUGGAGGGCAAGCAGCACGGGGACGUGGUGUCAGCCAUCAAGGCUGGCGGGGACAAGACCAAGCUGCUGGUGGUGGACAAGGAGACCGAUGAGUUCUUCAAGAAAUGCAAAGUGAUCCCGUCUCAGGAGCACCUGCAUGGUCCCUUGCCUGAGCCCUUCACCAAUGGAGAGAUCCGGAAGCCCCCCGCCUGGGGCCAAGGCAGCGGGGAGGGAGAGCGGCCUGGCCGGGGGCCCAUCUGCAGCCCGCCAUCCUGGGUGACAAGCUCCGCCUCUAGCUCCCCACCGCACAGAGGAGGCCAUUCUUCCCCCCAAGAACAGAGCUGCAGUGUCUGGCCGCGCGCUUCCCGGCCCCUGCUACUUCUGGGUUGGAAGAACAAAGCCUCUCCUCCCCGGACCGAAGGGAAGAGAAGACAGCGGAGGCUGGGGGAGAGAUGGCGGGGCCUGGUGCCAGCCGGGGCCGCAGAGGAGCCAGGCAGGAGCCGAGCACCAAGCCACAGCCCUGGUCAAGGCCUUGGCUCUAGGAGGGGCCGACGCGCUGUCGGACCACAGAACGGGCGCUCUCUGCAGGGUCUGCUCAAAGGCUUCCCUUCCCCGGGGGCUCCUGCUGGGGGACAGCCACAGCAAGGGGCUGGCCCUGGACCACCUGAGCCUUCUGUCACUCUACCUGUGGGUCUAGGACUCUCAUCCACCUCCUUCCUUCAAAGCCCUUCUUGGCUGCUUUGGCGUUAAGAUUUCAAGAAUCCCGGGGUCGAGUCCAAGUAAACGGUCAGAUGGGCUGCAGGAGAUUCAGGGAGCAUCACGGGUGUUCCCCACGCCAAGCAAAGAUGCUCCCAGUGUCCCCACCCUCCAGGAGGCCCCUCCUGGGUCGCCGUCCCAAAAGGCGAGUCAGCCCCAAAGGCUGCAUCGGGAGGACUGAGGCGGGUAACUCAGCUAAUCCCACGAUGGACGGUUCCUCCUGCCUGGGUGGUGGAACUGGAACCGGGCUACCCCUCUGAUCCUUGGAAGAAUGUGGAAAUGUAAAUCCUCGAGGGGCCCUGGCGGGCUUAGGCGGUGGGGCUGUGGGGUGGAUAGCAAGGGCUUAAGUGGAACUUCUCGGACCGAGGCGCCUGUCUUCCCUGGGAAUGCCCUUCCUCGCCCAGGACUGCCCACGCCAUGCCCUGCCCAGCCAACACGCCUCCUCUCUG